CGUAUAAGGAGCCCCAUAGGGCGAUGAGGGGAGGGGGGCGUUACUUCCGGCCUCGCUUCCGGCGCCACUUCCGGGUUCGGGGCCGCCAUGGACCCCGAGUUCGAGGAUCCGGUGGCUGUGGAGGAUCUGAUCGCGCUGGAGCGGCGUUACGCGCUGGAGGCGCGGGGGGGUUCGGUGUCGCGGCGCUGUCAGUUCGAGUACGGGUGGGGGCUCGUGCGGAGCCCCUACGGCCACGACAUCCAGAAAGGGGUGACCCUGCUGCAGGAGCUGCUCCCGGGGGGCUCUCAGGAGGAGCAGCGCGACUGCAGCUUCUACCUCGCCCUGGGGAACCUCCGCCUGCGGGAGUACGAGCGGGCUCUGACCCACAUCGAGCGGCUCUUGGCCAACGAACCCCACAACCAGCAGGGACAGAGGCUGCGGCGCCUCAUCCGGCAGCACAUGGAGCGCGCGGGGCUGCUGGGGCUGGGGGUGCUGGGGGCGCUGGUGCUGGGGGUCGCGGGGCUGGCGGGGUUGGGGGUCGCCAUCGCCAGGGGGCGCAGGUAGCCCUGCCCCAUAGAUCCCCUGCCCCAUAGAUCUCCUCCUCUGCCCCAUAGAUCUCAGCCCUGCCCCAUAGAUCCCAGCCCUGCCCCAUAGAUCCUCUUUCCUGCCCCACAGAUCCCCUCCUCUGCCCCACAGAUCCCCUCUCCCGCCCCAUAGAUCCCCUCUCUGCCCCACAGAUCCCCUCCCGUGCCCCAUAGAUCCCCUCCCUGCCCCAUAGAUCCCCUCCCUGCCCCAUAGAUCCCCUGCCCCAUAGAUCUCCUCCUCUGCCCCAUAGAUCUCAGCCCUGCCCCAUAGAUCCCAGCCCUGCCCCAUAGAUCCUCUUUCCUGCCCCACAGAUCCCCUCCUCUGCCCCACAGAUCCCCUCUCCCGCCCCAUAGAUCCCCUCUCUGCCCCACAGAUCCCCUCCCGUGCCCCAUAGAUCCCCUCCCUGCCCCAUAGAUCCCCUCCCUGCCCCAUAGAUCCCCUCUUUGCCCCAUAGAUCCCCUCUCCUGCCCCACAGAUCCUCUUUUCUGACCCAUAGAUUCCUUCCCUGCCCCACAGAUCCCCUCUCCC